GCCAUGACCGGCGAGUAUGUCGGCACUGUGCUGUUCCUGUUCUUCGCCCUCGGAGGCACACAGGUAGCCAACCAAAUCCACACCUCAUCCGGCCUCAGCCAGGCAGAGGCCGGCAGCAACCCGCAGCAACUGCAGUAUAUCUCGCUAUGCUUCGGCUUCUCCCUCGCCGUCAAUGCUUGGGUGUUCUUCCGCAUCUCUGGUGGACUGUUCAACCCUGCCGUCACAGUUGGGAUGUGCAUCAUCGGUGCACUCCCGUACAUUAGAGGCGCUCUGUUGAUCUUCGUGCAAAUCUUGGGCGGUCUGACGGCUGCGGCUCUCGUGUCCUGCAUGUUCCCGGGAGCGCUCAACGUCCAGACAUCCUUGGGUGGCGGUACCACCAUCGUGCAAGGUCUGUUCAUUGAGAUGAUCUUGACUGCCGAGCUCGUCUUCACGAUCUUCAUGUUGGCCGCCGAGAAGCACAAGGGAACAUUCAUCGCGCCAGUGGGAAUAGGACUCGCACUGUUCAUCGCGGAGCUUGUCGGAGUGUACUUCACCGGUGGCAGCUUGAACCCGGCACGCUCGUUCGGCCCUGCUGUAGUCAACCGCUACUUCCACGGAUAUCACUGGAUAUACUGGCUCGGUCCGAUUCUGGGAUCGAUCGUCGCCGCAGGCUUCUACAAGUUGAUCAAGAUCCUGGAGUACGAGACUGCG